AUGAAGUGUGGCAUGGGGGGGCCUCUCGUGCGAGUAUUUGGAAGGGCCAUAUAUGCCUUAGCACGAAUCAGUGAUGAAUUCUGGUUUGAUCCUAUUGAAAAAGGACUAUUUCUUAGGUCAGUAAACUCUUCUCGAUCAGCAUAUGCCUGUGUCUUCUUUUCAUCUAUGUUCUUUCAACACUAUUCCUGGAGAAACUCAACUGAACAGUGUCUAAAUGAAAACAGUAUACGACUCAGGUGUAAAUUAACAAUAAAGGCAGUCCUACCUAUAUUUAGGUACUCAAAUAGUCUAGAAAAGAAUGUAGAUAAAUGCAACAUUUACACAAACUUCAAAGACUGCCAUGUUGUUUUUCAACUUUUCUGCAAACACGGUAUUGUGAAAACUCAUAACUUAUCUUUUCAAGAAUGCGAACCUUUGCAGGCUGUGUUUGCCAAACAUCUGUGCCCCAAUGUACUGAAGGUACAUUCAAGACAGUUGUCUGACAUAUUGAUUCAUUUCCCAACUUAUCAAGAUGAAGUAACUUUAUCUGUAACGCCACUGAAAGCUUGUUUCAAGACUUACGUUGAGGAUGAAAUGGAUUUCACAAAGGCAAUGCGUACUGAGAUACACCUUGAGCCAGAAGAAUUUGAAUAUUUUCAAGUUGGAGUAGACUCUGAGGUCACAUUUUGCCUUAAAGAGCUAAAGGGACUGUUGGCUUUUGCAGACAUCCUCAGCGCUUCAGUCACUGUACACCUUGAUGUUUCUGGAAAGCCUGUUGCUUUCAGCAUUGAGGACAUGAUGGUCGAAGCCAGUUUUGUUUUAGCUACCUUAGCAGAUACUGAAAACAAGGAACCCUCUCCUCAUUCUCCACGUCUUUCGCAAGGCCAGAAAAGGAGUCCUGCAUUACGGAGAAGCAAGGGGGGCACCCUGAUUCCCAGCACAGGUGUUCCAGGCCCAACGCCUGCCAGAACGACCGCAGAGGACGCUACAGCGGUGGGGGAAGCUGUGCCCACUCGCCCGGAUUACAGUGAGUUUCAUUCUCUGUUCUUUGGAGCAGUUUCAUCCCAGGAGCCAGAUACCCCUCGCGCAUUUCACAGUUUGGCAACAGCAAGUGACACUGAAGAGGAUUUUUGCAGUGGACAACUUUCCCAAUCAUUUUAG